CGUCAGCAGCCGUGGCAAUGGACGAUGUGUUGGAGCUCAACGAGGAGAGGCGCCGCGGAUCAGCCUCUUCUGGAGCAAAAAUGGGUCGACGAGCUCAUCAGGAGACACCUCCAGUGGAGAAUCAGCUUCCUAAGAAAAAUCCUUCUUUGCCUUUACCAGGAGAGGGUCCCCCACCAAAGCCAGCUCGACGACAAGGAGGAUGGGCAGACGAUUCUGUGAAAAUCUCAAAAUCAGGAAAGAAAGUUGCUGAAGAAGUAGAAGACCAGCGGCUCAGACAACGGAGUAUGGAAGGAUCUGAUGAUGGAGGAGAUAUCCCAGUAAUACCAGACCUAGAAGAGGUCCAGGAAGAAGACUUUGUCCUUCAGGUGGCUGCCCCUCCCAGCAUUCAAGUAAACCGAGUGAUGACUUAUCGUGACUUGGACAACGACCUGAUGAAGUACGCUGCCUUCCAGACACUGGAUGGAGAGAUUGAUCUGAAGCUCCUCACCAAAGUUCUUGCUCCAGAGCAUGAAGUUCGAGAGGAUGACAUCAGCUGGGACUGGGAUCACCUCUACACCGAAGUAUCUUCAGAGCUCCUCACUGAGUGGGAUCUCGGACCAUCAGAGAAAGAAGAACCAACUGGGCAGCCUAAGCACAUCUGAACCUUUGGUUGGACCAUACUCUAUUUCACCCCCAUACAUGAUAAUCACUGUUUUGUAUUAUAUAAAAUGCUCUAAGCCUGAAACUAAAGAAAGUUGAAUGCUGGCAGGAGCCCAGAUUUUUAUAUCGAAUAUUUUGUAAUACGAAUAUUUAUGUGUUCUCUACAGGAAACAUUGGAUCAUUUCAAAUGCAAUAAAUCGCUUCCCUGUCCAGUGAC